CUCGAGCUAGAGUGCAUUAACCCCAAAAAGCAAAAGAAGAAAAAGAAUUACAAGAACUCUGGGAUCAUCAUUGUCAAGUCCUGCAAAAUAACCAGAGAUUUCUCCUUCCUUGACUACAUCCUGGGAGGCUGCCAGCUGAUGUUUACUGUUGGGAUUGACUUCACAGCCUCCAACGGGAACCCGCGAGACCCCUCCUCUUUGCACUAUAUCAACCCCAUGGGGACAAACGAGUACUUGUCGGCUAUCUGGGCUGUCGGCCAGAUCAUCCAGGACUAUGACACAGACAAGAUGUUUCCCGCUCUGGGAUUUGGUGCCCAGCUCCCGCCGGACUGGAAGGUAUCCCAUGAGUUUGCCAUUAACUUCAAUCCCACGAACCCAUUCUGUUCAGGUGUGGAGGGCAUUGUCCAAGCGUACUCGGCCUGCCUGCCCCACAUCCGCUUCUACGGACCCACCAACUUCUCCCCCAUCGUCAACCAUGUGGCCCGCUUCGCGGCUCAGGCCACCCAACAGGAGACUGCAUCCCAAUACUUCAUCCUCCUCAUCAUCACGGAUGGGGUGAUCAGCGACAUGGACGAGACAAGACACGCCGUGGUGCAGGCGUCCAAGCUGCCCAUGUCCAUCAUCAUCGUGGGGGUGGGUAACGCUGACUUCGCCGCCAUGGAAUUCCUGGACGGGGACAGCCGGGUGCUGCGCUCCUACACCGGCGAGGAGGCUGUGCGCGACAUCGUCCAGUUUGUGCCCUUCCGGGAUUUCCGCAACGCUCCCAAGGAGACCCUGGCCAAAGCUGUGCUGGCAGAGCUGCCCCAGCAAGUCGUGCAGUACUUCAAGCACCAAAACCUGCCGCCCAUCAACUCCGAGCCCGCGUAGAGCUGUGCCAGGCUAUGCCCUCUGCAUGUUGCCGAAGCCCAUCGGUCCUACCGAAAGCGCAUGUUCCACAUGCUUUUAAGAGAAGAAUACUCUCCCUGAAACACUUUGUACUUCUUAAUUUAAUUGCUAAGUUCUUAAAACUCAUCCCAGAGAAGCGUCUGGAUUCAUUUUGUACAGCCCUGGCCCAAGGUAACGCUAAGCAGCCAGGCCAUGCCCUGGUCCUGCUCUGUUGAGUCACUUUUCAGUAUUGAAUGUACUUUGUAUAAUUUCAGUGGAACAGGAUACAAUUUUUACAAUCAAAACUUGCUUUUUCCAAGCAAUGAAACGCUUAAUAUAUUAUUAUCAUUCAACAAACCGGUCAUUGUAUAGUUCAUGUAUCUGUGUUGUACCUGUACAUCUGUCACGCUCUAUGUUCAUUUUUAUACUGUGUACAUGUCAUAUUUGUUAUACUCAGGUUAAUAAAGAAACUUGGACAUUUAAAACA